UGGUAAAUCCAGCAUUGCCCGUGUUAAUUACGAGUAUUUUAAAAGUGUAUAAAUGUAUUUAGGGCUAUGAAUAAAUUAGAAUUGAAUACUGUCAUCAAAUUGCACAGUCGUAGGGGACGAGCUGGAUAGACACAAAUGGAGGCAGUUCACCCGCUUCAGAAGUAGGCACGAAGCUGACACCUCAGACAUGAGGGACGACUAGAGAGACCGUUAUCAAGAUAAAUUUUCGUGUCCCAACAAAUUAAAAUAGCAGAGUUUGAUGUACCGCAUUCGGUGAAGGUAGGCGAAAAUGUUAAACUGAAAUGCAAGAUUGAAGGCAAGGAGAACAGUGGUUUCGUAAUGAAAUGGUGGUUUAUACCAUUGUUUAAAACACAAAAUGAUAAAGUUCAAAUAUAUCAGCGAUUGACUGGCGAGCAUGCAAUGGUAUUACCGAGGUUUAACCACAGUAUAAGUAUUGUAGAAAAUGACUUAGAUACUCUAGAGCUGAAAAACGCCCAGCCGGAACAUUCAGGUCGAUACCAAUGCCAUCCAUCCAGUUAUUACGAAGAUGAUAUACGGAAAACCAGUGAAUUAUUUGUUUACACUCGCGGUAGUGGUCCUCUGUUGAAUAUCACAGUAAUUGCCGAUAUGCCAGAUGACAACGACACUGAUGACGAAGUCCUCGCCAAGUGCGAAGCACUUAAUGUCGCCCCUGAACCCAUGCUAACAAUAUACGGUGAAAAUGGCGAAUAUGACGAAACCUACGAAGACAGAACGUCGUCAGUAAACGGCCUCUACGACGUGUACAAAAGUGUGAUUCUCAGCAAUGUAACGUAUGGCACUAUUUACUGCAAGAUGUCGUACGUGAUCUUCAAUGUGUCAGACGCUGAAAGCGCACUGUUCCUGGCCAACACGACUUACAACGCGCCAGGGGCUGUGACGACCACAACGGAAGGCGAGCUGUCCACUACAGAACUUUCCACUGCCGAGCCCGAUACCGAUGGCAGCAGUGCCUUCACCAGCUCUUGGACACUAUUCCUGCUUGCAACGACGAUAGUGCAGCUCCUUGCAUAAUAAAUGUGAUACUAAUUUUAUUCGUAGCGUUACUUGUAAAUCUUUUAAAAUUAACUAUUUUCGUUUUUUAAUGUUGUAAUUUCAUUAAACCCCUUAUGAUGAUGACAAACGUAUACGUCAUCUGGCAUAUGUACUUCGGCCAUAGUUGCCAACACUAUUGCACUAGUACGAGUACAAUCAUGGUGGAACCUUAGAAUAAUAACGCAUACAAUGAUAGUUUCAUAUCAAACGAACUGUCACAAGUGAGGCAAAAAUCAAAUUCAUGUAGGCGUAAGCAACUUGUAUUUACGCUCGUCGGCAC